GGAAAUACGAAAGAGAUGGCAGCGAGGGAAUCUGGCAGAAUUAAAGAUGCUUAUCAAAAGAGAGUUCUUGAUGAUGCGGCAAGAAAGCGAAGGCAGAAGAAGGCACUUGAGGCUUUGGAACAGGAUAAUUUUCAUGAUGAUCCACAUGCAGAUUUAGUAAUGAGCAAGAAAGUCCCCAAAUUCCAAGAGUCCCUAGACGGUCGUGGUCCAAGGAAGAAGAAGACUCGUUCAGCAGAGUACUACAAACAACGUUUUCGAAAGAGCUUUGCACAAUUAGUAGAGGAGGAUGCCAAUAAUAAUCCAGCACCACCCAACUACUCGAGUGCCCAAGCAUCACCAUCUAAAUUCCCUGAGAGACAUUUUUGCGCUGUUUGUGGUUUUCCCAGUAAUUAUACAUGCAUACCCUGUGGUGCGAGGUAUUGCACUGUUAGGUGUUUAGGAACACAUCUCGAUACUAGAUGCCUCAAAUGGACUGCAUAAAAUUUUCACAUCUUUCUGACACAAUUAUAUUAUAUUAUUAUUAUUAUUAUUAUUAUUUAAUAAAUAAACCAAUCAUUUCCUCUA